AUUUUACAAUGAAAGCUGCUCGUUCUCAUCUCUCUUUGCUCUCAAAUGGAGACACAAAUUGGAAGUACAGAAUCGAGCGCGACUCAAGAGAGGAAGGAAAAAGAAAGCUGAAACUGCAGGGGAAGGAGCUUCUGGCCGUACCUCUGAACAUCUUUGACAUGGAAGAACUGGAGGUUUUGGAAAUGACCCCUGAAAGAGAGAGCUGCCUGACAUACAGAAUGGAAUUCGUUCCCAGAGAAAUUGGGCAACUGAGGAACCUGUGCGUCCUAAACCUGGAUACCAAUGAGCUGAAAGUCAUCCCAGCUGAGAUUGGUCUCUUGGAAAAGCUGGAAAGGCUUACAUUAAGUAACAAUUUCCUAAGCUUUCUUCCCAAGGAAAUAAGCAGGCUGCAGAAGCUCACCAGUUUACACAUGGCUAAUAACCAUUUCAGGGAACUUCCACUCCAGAUUUGCCAGUUGAAGAAUCUCAUAUUUCUGGAUGCAAGUGACAACAAAAUUAAAGUGAUUCCUCACCAUAUUCAGAACUUAGCAAAGCUGGAGACUCUCCUCUUGUUUUUUAACAGGUUAGAAAUGUUACCAGAUACAUUCUGCAACCUUAGGAAUCUUCGUACUUUGUGGCUGGGAAAAAACAAAAUAAGACGUCUUCCUAGACGAUUUGGGGACCUUGUGAAACUGGAAUGGAGAGAUGAGCAGUGCUCUUCAAAUUUUGAAGAAAACCCACUUGAACACCCACCCAUAGCAGUAUGCAGGAGCGGCAUUAAAGGGAUCAAAAAUUACUUUUCAGGAUGGAGGGAUGAAGAAUACUAA